AUGCCACGUUAUCAUUAUUCAAGAAUAGCUCCCCAUAGUGCAACAACUAGUUCGGAAUCAUUUUUUCAACGUCAAAACUCAAAUGGACAAUCGUCAAAGCCUUUAGUUACAGCGACGACGACGAGCAAUAACCAUAAUAAUAAUUAUUCGUCAGGUCUUUUUAAAUCGACAUUCAUUCCGCUUGUUACAAAUACUCGAGCAAUGACAGCACACAAGCGUGAAUUUAUUCAGAUUCCAAUCACACGAGAGGAUGGAACAUCAGUAACAAAUAAUUCUGUUCACUCUAUACCAGUUACUUUUAUCAGUGAAACAACUGCAUUAUCAUCUACAACCAAUGAUAAUAGUAGAAAUACAAGUCCUAAACCACAUUAUACAAAUCUUUUACGGCCUAGCUCAAGAUAUUUUCAACAUCAUUCUAAUAAUAAUAGUGAAGAAUCAGAAACUACUGUGCCUCGUUUACCGUCUGUUUCACGUCGUUUUAAUCUUGCAAUACCAGUAAUGACAACAACAACAGCAGCAGCAGCAACAACAACAGCAACAACAACAAAUGAUAAUGAUGAUGAUGAUACAACCAAACAAAAUAUGUCACCAUCAACUACUCGUCGAGUUCCUAUUCGUUUUGCACCAACACCAAAUGUUGCAUCUAUACCAACAAAUAGUUCUCGUAUUUCGAGUGCUAUUCUUCGUUCAUCACCAUUAUCAAAUCAAUUAAACAAUCAGUUACAACGUCAAAAAACAGAUUUAACAGAUACAAUACCAUCAUCUUCAGAUCUAAAUGGUAUUGCAUCAAAUACAUCACCUAUACGUCGAGCUGAAGUCAUGGCUCGUGAAGCCAUUCAAGGUAUUGUUCGUUUUCAACAACAACAACCGAGUAGUUCAAUAAUUGAUAACAAUAAUAAUAUAUUAAUUCGAUCUCCUGGAUUAUCACGUCGUGUUAUUGUCAAUUUAAAAAAUAAUCAAUCCGUUUCACUUGAUAGUCGUUUGUUAUCGGCACAUACGUUAUCAUCAACAAAACCACCAUUAGUUCCUUCCUCUUCACGUCUAACACAACGAAAUAAUCUUUAUCAUAUACCUGUUUUACAUGAGUUUCAAAUGCCAUCGCAUCCAACAACAAUAGUAGCUGAAACUUCGCUUCAUUUAUCACAAUCUCCUUCGACUAGUAAUAGUAAUAAUAAUAAUUAUAAAAAUGAAUUUCAUAUGGAAAUUCCAGUUACAAUUAUUACUAGAGAUAAUCAGGAGAAUCGUAUACAACUAAAUGAUGGACGAGAAGAUGGAAUAAUAAAUUACGAUCAAAUGACGAUCGUUACGGAACGUAUACCAUCAGCAAAUAUAAAUUCAAGUCCAACGCUCAAGUCGAUUUUGAAAAGAUCUUCAUCAAGAGAAACUGUCUCAAGAAAAAAUGUUAGUUUUAUGAAUGCUUAA